CCACAGUCCAUUUCGAUCGUAUUUGCUAUCAUUUUGACAUUGCGUCCAGCACCCAAAUUCCAUGCGCGAGAGGCUUGUCGUAGUCAUGUUGCUGCUCGGCGUGCUUGGCGCCGCUGCGCUCGACCCGAUCGUUGCGCGCGGCAACCGCCUCUACAACGCGCGGACUGGCACCCGCUUCGUCAUGCGGGGCAUGACGUACGAGGGCGACGUGAGCGACGACCACUACGACGAGUUUGUGCACAGCACACUCGAGACGUCGCUCAAGGACCUUUUCGGGCACUUCAACACAUUUCGCCUGUACAACAUCAACCCGGACAAGUCGUACGCCAAGUUCAUGGCGCACAUGAACACCCGGGGUAUCUACGUGCUCCCAUCAGCGUCGCCGACCAACAACAAGUACUACGACUCGUAUGCAACGCAGACCAUGGACCGGACCGUCAACGGCGAGUCCUCCUACACGAGCAUCGACCACAUUGUCAAGCCCUUGGCGGCCAACACGAAGAGCUGCUACCCGACCUACUUGCUCUACUAUGGCAAGCGCAUCAUCGAGAACUUUGCACAGUAUGACAAUACGCUGGCGAUCGUCAUUGGCAAUGAAGUGCUGCAGCUCGACCUCACGGCCGCGGCGUGCGUCAAAAUGUACGCAGCGGACCUCAAAGACUGGAUGGGCGUCAACGUCAAGAAGCUGCGCACGAUUCCUUUGGCGUAUUCGGCGGCGGAUGGCGCGUACACGGAGCUCGUGAACGGCGUGCAGAAGCAAGUCCUCUCGGCGACAGCGUACCACGCGAUCAAGAUCCAGGGGCUUCUCUGCGGCGACACGAUGGUCCACGGUGUCAUGACCAAGAGCAUCGACAUGUACAUGAUCAACGAGUACCGGUGGUGCAACAAGAACGACUUCAAGUCGGCCUACCAAGAGCUGCUCGACCUCGCGCAAGGCGUCCCGAUCGUCUUGGCGAUCGGCGAAUUUGGCUGCGCGACAGCGCGGCCGCGGACAUGGGAGAUGGUCCCUACCCUCUUCUCCGACGCGGUGACGUCCAAAGGCUGGACCGAUGCGUACUCGGGUGGCUUUGCGUACGCGUUUGGGGAAGCGUCGCUGCCGCGCGGCAGUAUAUUCCCGCUCUUUAUUGGUGCGGCCGACACGGGCAUCACGACCAAGCCAGGCACAACGCCGACGCCCGACUACGCCACUCUGCUGCUCCAGUACAAGAAGGCGGUGGCGCUGGUGGCGCCAGCGGAAUUUGCGCCCGCGGACGUCUGCUCGUUUGCACCGACGCUGACGACGGUGCCCACGGCACCGGCGGCGGUGGCGGCGACAUGGAUGCCAUCGUGUAACAACCCCACGCUCAAGCUCCGGUCGUUCGACACGUGGAUCACGUCAUCGCGGCAAGGGCGACCUUGUGAUAAGAAUGGUGCGUCGUGCGAAGUCGUCUUGCAAGACAAGGUGGGCACAACCCAAGAGGACAUUUGCGGAAAGCCGCUCGUGGUCGAGAGCGGUGGGAGCCUCUGUACGCCGGGCGACAGCACGUGCAAGCACGGUAGCUGCGUUGCACUCUCGGCGACUGCAGGUCGCUGCGUCUGCAGCGGCUGCUGGGGCGGCUCGACGUGCGCCGUCAAGGACAACGACAAGUGCAGUGUGAUUCCCAACCUGCCGCAGGCACCAACCAUCAUCUUUACGGUCCUCGCCAUCUUCCUCGGCGGUAUGACGCUGGUCUUUGGCGCCCUUGCGAUCGUUGCGCACAAGGGCAUGCACACGUCCAAUACGUCUGCCGAGGUCUAUAACGCGCUAUAACUAUUCUAUACUUGCAAUUUCUUUAUGCGUG